ACCAUGGUAGGUGUCCUGCGGGGAUCAGUCACUCCUCGUUCCGCAGCGGCGCAUUGUCAACGAUUUCCUGGUACGGAGCGGCCCCCGGCCUGCCAGCCAGGUCACCGUUUCACUCCCGGUCCUGGGUUCCCCUCCGGCCUGUUAGCAGCUAUCAGGCCGGAGGGGAAAACGAGGUGGGAAUAGUCAUUGAAGUUAUAUGGAGGAAGGAGGCCUUGCCUCCUGGAGCCGGGCUCCUCGGCCUGUAAUCUCUCCGUGCUCGAUCUGGCCUUCCCGGGGCCGGUCGCGGCAACAGCUUCAACCAAGGCCGGGAGGCAGGUGCAGUGAACGGGCAACCUGGCGCGUCGUGUGUGAACCUUACCCGCCAACAAUCUGGCUGCAACCCUCGUGUUGGAAACUUAGCUGUGGUGUAUUAGUCUUAAUGAAGCCUGGCGACGUUUAGAGAGUACAGAGCAUGAUUCUCUGGGAUCAGCAAAGUGCAGACCUGAGUCUAAGAGGCAUCAAUGCCUCUGCUUUGGAGAAAGAGAUUGGGCCUGAACAGUUUCCAAUCAAUGAGCAUUAUUUUGGUUUAGUCAAUUUUGGGAAUACCUGCUACUGUAAUUCAGUCCUCCAGGCACUUUAUUUUUGUCGUCCAUUUCGAGAGAAAGUUCUAGCAUACAAGAAUCAGCCGAGGAGAAAGGAAAAUCUACUCACGUGCUUGGCAGAUCUCUUCCAUAACAUAGCCACACAAAAGAAGAAAGUUGGUGUAAUACCUCCCAAGAAGUUUAUAACAAGACUACGAAAAGAAAAUGAACUUUUUGAUAAUUACAUGCAACAAGAUGCUCAUGAGUUCCUGAACUAUCUGUUAAACACUAUUGCCGAUAUCCUGCAGGAAGAGAAAAAGCAAGAGAAACAAAACGGACAGCUACAUAACGGUUGUAUUAAUGAUGACAAUGGCAAUGACAUACUGGAACCAACUUGGGUACAUGAGAUGUUUCAAGGAACGUUAACUAACGAAACCAGAUGUCUUAACUGUGAAACUGUAAGUAGCAAAGAUGAAGACUUUUUAGACCUAUCUGUUGAUGUGGAGCAGAACACUUCAAUUACGCAUUGCUUGAGGGGGUUUAGUAAUACAGAGACACUGUGUAGCGAAUAUAAAUACUACUGUGAAGUGUGCUGCAGUAAACAAGAAGCUCAGAAAAGGAUGAAAGUAAAAAAGCUACCUAUGAUUUUAGCUCUUCAUCUGAAAAGAUUCAAAUAUAUGGAUCAAUUGCAUCGAUACACAAAGUUAUCUUACAGAGUAGUCUUUCCUUUAGAACUCCGAUUAUUCAACACCUCAGGAGAUGCUACUAAUCCAGACAGAAUGUAUGACCUGGUUGCUGUGGUAGUGCACUGUGGAAGUGGUCCUAACCGAGGGCACUACAUUGCAAUAGUGAAGAGCCAUGACUUUUGGUUGCUGUUUGAUGAUGAUAUUGUAGAGAAAAUAGAUGCACAAGCCAUUGAGGAGUUCUAUGGAUUGACUUCUGAUGUCUCAAAGACCUCUGAAUCUGGUUAUAUCCUUUUCUACCAGUCCAGGGAUUAAAUGAGUGCAGGAGAAUAGUUCUAUCUCACUCACUUCCAAACGCUCGCCCUUGCAGAACAAGGCACUGAGAUCAUACAGAAGAAACAGAAGAAGCAGAAGAUGGAAGAACCUUUCAUCUUGUUUGGGGAGUUUCAGUUACACUAGAGUAAUACUGAUUGUAAUGGCUAAUCUAAAACAUCCAUGUGAUGAAAGCAGUUUUACUCAUUAAGAAAUUGUAUUGAAAUAAGUAGCAGCUAUGUUGCUAGCGUAAGCGGGCCACUGAGCUGGUGCUAGAAUGUUGGUUCCGGAGUUUAAUUUGACGUAAUUGAAGGUGAUGCAUACUAAUUGCAUAUGUAUGAAACCAAAGUGAACUAAUAUUUGACCAGAUUAAUCCUCCCUGGUUUCAUCCAGUUGGCAUUUUACGUUAGGCAAUUUUUACAUCUUCAAAUUUUGGAACUACUGAAAUGAAGUUUUUUUUCAAAUAAUUGACCAAAAAUGAUGACAGUUGAUAUUAACAAGUUUGUGCAAAAAUUGUCACCAAAGACUAACGUGAUAUUGUGGAUUUUUGUAAGGCUUCUAAAUCUCUUUCUUUAAAAAAAUACUUGACCAACAUCCAGUCUUGCAGUUGUCUCUUUUCAAUUUCCACAGGUUGCAUAUGUAAUAUUCCAGCAGUCUUGGUGUUAAGUUGCAUUAAAUUUGGGUGUUUUUUAUUUUACCAUCUAAUCAUACAUCUGCACUCUUUGUUAACAAAAAUCUGGUGCUGAUUACUGAAGUCUAAUGCACAAGAAGCAUCAAAUAUGUGUAGAUGUUAAAUACAGGGCAGGAGCAAUGGCAGAGUUGUAGAGCCUUGUAAAUACAACAUUAAAACAAUUUUUUAGUGUCAAAAAAUUAAAUACUUUUUGUAUAGUUUUUCUUAUCCCAGAGAAAUUGUAAAGUGGCCAAGUGUUAUAAAAGUAAUUCCAAUUGUUUUUGUCUCCAUGCAAAUGUAUCAUGAAAAAGUAAAUAAGAUCAUAUUUUAAAUGCAUCAGUAGAAUGAAAUCCCCGUACUGUUCUGUUAUAUUGGAGUGAGGACUAAUUAUUUUCAUUUGUAUAUAAUAUAAAUAAUGUGAUUAUCCAAUUUAAAAUUCAUUGGUUUCUAUUAACUAUUUCAGUUCCUAUAAAUCUUUGGUUGCUCGCUAUUUUGUAAAAUUAUUCUUUGUCAUCUUAGAAUUUCUCCUGCAUUGUGUCUAAAUUAACUUGAUCCAGUGUACUUCAAUAUGGUAAUUGAAGUAACUGAGUAUUUUACCUGGAAAAAUAUAGUCUGUGCUCCCAUGCACUUAAUUGAACUCACAGUCACAGAUGAAUGUAAUAUCUGAAGACCCUGUUUACACAACAUGUAUCGGUUUGGAACUGUUUUGCAUUUGUGCUUAUGGGAAUCAAAGCACAUUGUUUAUACGAUUCCUAUAAAUGACUGGCAGAUUUUUUUGUAAAAGUUUCUCCUUCCCUGCAUUAGUUUCAAAUUGAGUAACUAAAUUUAAUCAAACUUUAAUCGUAUAUUGCUGCCUGGCUACUCCUCAUGAUACACACCAGCCCAUGCCUCUGAUGCAAGGUUUGAUGCUGUCUGAUUAAAUGUCCAAAGUAUGUUUGUAAUUGGAAGAUGGAUUGUUUGCCAUUUAAUUCAACAGGAUCUGAGCGUCUAUGAUGACUGAUGUAAGAGUUUACUAUAUUCAUCCCAAAUUGAAUUUUGAAGUGGCCUGCUAAAACUUUAACCUAGGGUUUAAGACCAGAAUCACUGUUUUGAAUAAACCAGGUGGAGAACUGCCGCCUUUCUCUUGUACAGUACUUCAUAUCAAUACUUUGAAAUCCAAUAAAGAAUGUCUAUCUGCUGCUAAAAAGAAAACUUUAAUUCAUCAGAGAACAUUCUGUAGCUAUUAGAAUAAUGCUUUUUGACUUGUUGCCUCAGGAAAUACUGUGGUCUUAACGAUUGAUGCCAUUUAGCCCUUAGCAUUUUUGUUUAGGUUUCUUCAAAAAGGUAUAGUAUCAUGUUAUUGUGGCAAGGUGUAAAGUUGUAGGGGACAGGGGUUCAGACUGAUUGGCUUCUAAGUAGAUAAAGUAGUAGCUUAAGUCCCAACUUUUAUUUUCAAAAAUAUUAUUUUUCAUUGAAGUCUGUUGACGUAAUAGUACUUCAAUCAAUUUCCUUUUAUCCCUGCAUUAAAACACAUUUUGGGAUACGGGAGUGGAGAAGCCAUAUACAUUCUGUUGAAUGCAUUUUGCCUCCUCUGCCUCCCUACUUUUAUCUUCAGAAGGAUUGUACACUUAAUAGUCAAUCUCUAGUUUUUAAAAUAAGAGAAUACUUCAACUAAAAAGAAGAGAACUAAAUCAUUGGUAGAAUGAAAUAUCUUUAGAAUAUUGCAGCAUUAUGCAUUUGUUCCUGUGUUUGCUCGGGUUUUGUGAAACAAAAUGUUUUGGGUGUAGAUUUGAAUGAUUUCAGAUUGAUUUGGCUAUUGUAUUGCAGUCAGAUGGUGCAUAGUUUGGUAAAGUACUACAACAUUGCAUAUUAGCCAUCAGAAAUCAGAGUGAUUGGGGGGGGGGGGGUGGAAAUGUAACCAGUGAAUAAUGGAACUGAUUUGUGUCUUUAAGUCAUGAAGUUCUUUGGGGCACAGCUGAAUAUUUUGUAUAUUGCGUCAGAAAUUUCUACAGAAAAAGUAUGUUCUUUGAUAGCAUAAUAUUGUAUGUAUAUAUAUUGAAAAAUUACUCUAAAUUAUAAAUUGUUGCACUUUUGAUACUGAUUUUUAGGUGUAUUUAAGGGGUUACUUCAGACUGUUGUUUAAUUAUGUUUUUGUCUUAAAUAA